AAUACGUCACAGUUCAGUUUGCUUGGCUCAUUUUAAUAUAAAAGAAAACUUUCUAUUUUGUGACUUCUGCACAAUUAUCGCUACUCCCAUUUAAAAAAAGAAAAUGCAAUAUGAAACGAAUCACAACUUGAUGAUGUGAUGUGACCUAUAACCUCACACCUCCAGGAUGUCCACAUAAGGAUUUGUGUAUAAUUCCCAUGGCAAUUUUCCAAGGAUGCACCUGCGGCCAGUGUGUCACUCUGUGUGAGUAGAUUCUAUACUUGAUCAGUAUUGUGCUACCAUCUUCUGUUCUUGUCCUAUUUGGCCGCAGUCCAUCACCACUUCAGAGAAAUGAUAGGUUUGUGGUAUUUGAUUCUUUACUGACUGGAAAGCAAACCUCACUCUACUGAUGUCACUAUCUGUUUGAGUCUGAGUCGUCCCUCCUCCUCCUCCUCUUCGUCAGCACUGGAUCUGCGAGGUAAAGACAAAACUGUCAAACCACAGUUUUUUCCCCCCUCUCGUCUCAUGUCGACCACUGUCACCUCACCCCCACACCAUGUUUAGCUCUGCCUUUAUAAGCUCUAACACACAAAGGACGGCGUAUUCACACUCACAGGCAGAUUCACACAUGCAGCAUUAAGAGGGAAAAACCAUCCUUCAGCCAACUUGGCAGCAUGUUCCUGUUGAAUAUUUGCAUCUGCGUCGGCCUCAUUCUGUCCGUCUCUCAGUUUGCACAUCAGUCGUGCACCGAGGGGACACCCAAGCAGUGCAAAGAUGCAGAAAUGGCUCCAGGUACCAAUCUGGCCGGGGAGGGCUUUGACAUCACCACCAUGGAACGCAAGGGAGCCUUCGUACUGGACAUGAAUCAGUGGCAACGCAAGGACAAGACAUGUGUCCUGUGCAGCAAUCCCUUUGUGGAGAACAAACAGCAAAAGCUCCCCUUGUCCGUGGUGGACUGGAGGUCCAAACAGUUAUGCAGCAUGAAAGUGUCCAGUAAACUCCACAAGUCCAGUGAGUCUGUGGUCAGUUCCAGCACCUCCUCUAUUGAAAACAACUGGCAGAUCAAUCUUGACGUUGGAGUGCUUAACAAAGGCGCCUCACUGAUGUUGGCUGGCACUCACUCGAAACUGGCUGAUUAUUCUAUGGCCAAAAGCAAGAAUGACAAGUUCAGCUUCACGAGCCAAGGCAUCUUCUGUGAGUACUACAGUUACAGAGUAUCCACCACUCACCACACCAAACACAGAGACUUUAGAAAAGCUGUGAAAAAUCUCCCUAAACAUUACUGCCCAGAAUCUAAAGAACAAUAUUACCGCCUGAUUAACGACUUUGGAACCCAUUACAUCACGAAGGUGAAGUUGGGUGGAAGUAUUCAGUCUGUGACCAGCAUCAGGCAGUGCCAGGCCAGCCUGCAGGGCCUCAGUGCAGAGGAGGUGCAGAUGUGCCUGGAAGUGGAAGCGUCCGGCAGCACAGCGGUAGUCACAGCGAAAUCUCAAAUGAAACACUGCAAGAACGACGUUGAGAAGUCGGACAGCAAGUCAUCGUUCUCUGACCUCUUCAGCGACAGGUUCACAGAGAUAAAAGGAGGCCAAACCACUGAGUUUGAUCUACUGUUCUCUGCUGACAAAAAUCCCUCCGCCUUUAAGGAAUGGCUAAACACGCUCCCACAGUUUCCAGACAUCAUUUCAUAUUCUCUGGACUCACUCCACGAGUUACUGCCCCCUAAGUCGCCUGUGCAUAAAAACCUGCGCUCAGCCAUUAGCCAUUACAUCCUGGAAAGAGGCCUGUGGAGGAACUGCAGUAACCCCUGUCAGGGCGGCAUCAAGAGUGAUCCAAGAAAUCCUUGUGUCUGCCAGUGUCACAAUAACCCUGCGGUAAACUCAGACUGCUGCCCGAGCCGUAAAGGCAUGGCACGAGUCAUCAUCACCGUACAGCGGGGGUUUGGUCUUUGGGGUGACACAACGACAGCCACAGAUGCUUAUGUGAAGGUGUUCUUCAACGGGAAGAUGCUCCAGCAGUCUCGUGUCAUAAACAACCACAACAACCCACACUGGGGCAUGGUGGUCGACUUGCAAGCUCAGGACUUGUCCUCGGGUCAAAAGGUGAGAUUCGAAGUGUGGGAUGAGGACAACAAAUGGGACGACGACCUGUUGGGAGAGUGUGAGCAGAAUCUGACUCCUGGAGUCAAGGAGGACGUGUGCGCUCUGCAGCACGGCCGGCUCUUCUACAAACUGGAGAUGACGUGCGCUCCAAGUCUGACCGGAAACUCCUGCAGAGAGUAUAAACCUUCGCCGAUGAGUCAAAGUCUGAGCAAGCUGUAUGUGUCCCGUCACGCUCACCCUAUUCCAAAGGACAUCCUGUUAGAGAUGGGUGUGUUUGUGGACCCGCCGAGUUCUCAGGGAAACCAGAGUCUUACAGUGGAGAAUUAACAGUGUAUAAGAAAUAUAAGAUGCAUAUCAGUGAUGGAGUUAUGUUUGGUAUAUACUGCUGUUGUUUUUUUGAUUUGUUUUUUUCCAGUUUAAUGUUCUAGUUAGUCUCCAAUCUGAAUUGUGUUUGAUAGAAAGCGCUAUUAAUGGCCCGAUCAGACAAAAUGUACUGUUGUAAAUGUCACAACAAACAUGUAUAAAUCAUAGACUGCAUAGAAAACCAAAGAAAAACUGCCCUUGAGAUUCAUGAUGUGACGACACCGUGGCAGUUUUAUCGCGGGUGAUGUUUGUCAAUCACACUGGCGUCCACUCAAAUGUGAUGCGUGUCUUUAUCGACUAUUGUCUUCUAAGUGGGGACAUUAUUGACAAAAGUGACAUCCUGUUCUAUUGAGGGAGACCUGAAAAUAGUGAGAGAGAUCAUUAACUCCUCAGGAAAACAUCUACUGACAGUGAGAAGGCUCAAUUUCCUGCAAGACGUCCAUUCAAACUGAGUUCCUGGUGACUAACCAAUGCUUCCGUCCUACUUUCUGCACUGCUCAUUUUCUGGUCCUCCACAGGAGCUCAAAGCAUAAACAGUGAGCCAUCUUUAUCUUGUAGAUGUUGAAAUGUGACUUACUAUAUUAUCCUAUACUAUAUUUGCAAAUGUAAACAGUUUAUAACAUGUGACAUCACUUUGUGUUAUUUUCAUGAAAUAUUUUAUGAAAUUUCAGCAUGACAUUUGUAUUAAUCCCAAUAAAAGCAAAAUAUCUGUCUGCAGUUUGUAGCAUUUGAUGUAAUUUACUUCUGGUUUUGGUGAUCACUUUGUCUUUGUCUCUUUGUCAUUGCCCAACAUGAGAAAGGA